UCACGAAUAGGCUUGGCUUAGUAACGUCUCUAAUUAUUAAGAAAAAUCUGGGAAUUUCUCUGAUAUUACAUGUGCGUAAUUAAUCAUAUUCCUGUUUUUCAAUUUUAGAGGCAAUUAGUGCAUUAAAUCUGUUCACUUUUACACUGCACCCUCUCUCUCUUCCAUUAAAAAUUCAAAGCGUGCUCUUGAGUUUCCAUUAAAUCGUGCUCUGACUUCUCCAUUGAAGCCGGUUCUGAUCUUCUCCUCCAUUGAAGCAAUUUCUGAGCUACAGCUUUAUUGUGUCUUAAGAGAAUGCAAAUGACAUCGGAUGAGGAGCAGCCAUCUGAUGAGCAGCAGCCAUCUGUCUAUGUCAAAUACCGUUGCUUGUCAAGACAAAGUAAACAGAAGCUAGAAGAGUUGUUACGGGAGUGGUCAAAGUGGCACGUGCAGAAUUCUUCUGGAACUCUUGAUCGAAAUGGAGGAUCAGAAACUGGGGAAGGAACAUACUUUCCAGCGCUGGAUAUUGGCACAGAAAUGAAUACUGUUGUGAACUUCUGGAUGGAGGAUGAAAUAAGGAAGCCAGAAGACGAGGAUUUUAAGCCAGUUGAGGAUGCAUUUGUGCCUCUUUAUGAUCGUGAAUUUGCAUUGGGUUCAAUCUCAGUUGAUGGAUCAAGUAACUUGGAAGGGGGAUUGGAGCUACUGGAUGCCCCUCGUUGUUUUAAUUGUGGUUCUUAUAGUCAUUCUCUUAAAGAAUGCCCAAAGCCUAGGGACAAUGCUGCUGUUAAUAACUCUCGCAAGCAGCUCAAGUCUAAGCGUAAUCAGACAGCUGGAACGCGCAAUCCUACUAGAUAUUAUCAAGACACUCCUGGCGGUAAGUAUGAAGGAUUAAGGCCUGGUGCUCUUGAUGCAGAAACAAGGCGACUUUUGGGUCUUGGGGAAUUUGAUCCACCCCCAUGGCUCAAUAGAAUGAGAGAAAUUGGUUAUCCUCCAGGGUACCUAGAGCCAGAUGAUGAGGAUGUGCCUUCUGGAAUUACCAUAUUUUCUGAUGAGGAGAUUAAAGAGGACAAAGAGGAGGGGGGCCAAGAGGAGGGUGAAAUUCUUGAAGCGGAACAUGUUGAAACACCGCAGAAAAUGAGUGUAAAGUUUCCCGGCAUAAAUGCACCAAUCCCGAAUGAUGCAGAUGAAAGAGUUUGGGCAACUAGACCUUCCAAUUCUGAUCGGAAUCGGUAUGUUGAUGGUGCUUAUUUAAAUUAUUCUUCAGAGUCUUAUAGUAGGGGACGACACCGAGAGCAUAAUAACCGUGAUUUCAAGGACAAUGAUUCAUUAGGCUUUGACAGAGCUUCCAGAUAUACACCGAGGUAUAAUGACCACGACUAUAGCUCCACAUCCCACAACUCAAGGAAAAAUGUUUCUGCACCUAGGAGUCCUAGUUCUGGAAGAUCUGUAGGUGAUAGAGUUAGAAAUGAUCCUUUGGAUCCAGAAGACACCUUAGCUCACCGAUUAUACAGCUCAUAUUCGUAUAACUCAAGUAGACGUUUUCCAGAGCACAACAAUGAUUCAGAUGGUAGCAGGGGCGAUCAACCUGAUUAUUCUUCAAGAGGUAGGGAUAGAGAUGACAGACAUCGCUAUCGUAGUGGUAGUGGGCGAUGAGCAGCAUAACUUAUAGUUACUCGUCAAUAAUUGUAUAAAGUUGUGCCUGCUUAUGUCAGAUUUGUUGUACCAUGGUGUUACCAGCAUCUUCAUUUUUUUUUACUACAUCAUUAUUAGGGGUCAAGUCAAAUUUUGGUUUGCCAAUGUAAUACUCUAAUUCUUUGUUAACUUUUUUUUUUUUUUUUUUUUUUUUUUUUUUUUUUUUUUUUUUUUUUGCUAAGCUGAACUUGUAACACGAGGAAAUAGAGUAAUAAUAUAACUUAGUCUUUUGAAGACCUGUAUUUAAGCAAGAAGAGCAGCAAAAAAUUCAUCUUGCAUCUCUAAUAAGCAACAAAAAAUUUUGCAUGCCCCUGAUUUACAUUAAAGUUAAUGUAAAUCAGUGGGCUGGCACGUGCGAGAAAGUGAGAAAAUAUAUAUAUUAUUUUAAUUACAAAAACAAAAC